CAUAUGUGCAGACAGGAGGUAGAGAGCAUCAGGAGGAGGAGGAUGCAGCUAGCAGCUGGUCUGCGUGAAGCUCGAUGACAGACCCACUGAAAUCCUCCUAAGUAGACAACCACAGAAGUAGUGAAGGAUGGACUCCAUCUCUAUGCUGGGCGGCAGCAGGAGCCCCUUGUUCCUCACGGCCCCAUCCUCCCACCACCUCCGACACACGCAGGCUUGUUUCCUGCCCAACGGCACAAAGAGCAGAGUUGGAGACCCAGAGACUGUCUGUCUGCCUGCCCAGUCCACAGUGGCCAUCCUGGGCUCAGGUGACUUCUCCAAGUGCUUGACCAUCCGCCUGCUGCGCUCUGGCUUCCAUGUGGUGGUGGGCAGCCGCCAUCCCAAACUGGCGGCCCAGUUUUUUCCUCAUGUGGUGGAUGUGACACACCAUGAAGACGCUGUGGGGAAGGCCAGCAUCGUGUUCCUGGCAAUCCGCCGUGAGCAUUACUCGGUCCUUUGGGACCUCAAGCAUCUACUGGAGGGCAAGAUCCUGGUGGAUGUGAGUAACAACAGGAGGGUGAACCAGUAUCCAGAGUCUAACGCUGAGUAUCUGGCUUCACUGCUGCCAGGCUCCAUUGCGGUCAAAGGCUUCAAUGUAAUCUCAGCCUGGGCAAUGCAGCAGAGCUGCCCCAAAGACGCCAGCACACAGGUGUUUAUCUGCAGCGAUUCGGUGGAGGCUCGACAGCAGAUUAUGGAAUUAGCCCGCCAGCUCAACUUCCUGCCGGUGGAUAUGGGCACCCUGUCUUCCUCGCGGGAUAUUGAGAACAUUCCCAUACAGUUAUUUCCUGGCUGGAAGGGCCCCGUCCUUGCUGCCGUAGCCCUCUCCAUCUUCUUUUUUGCUUACUCUUUUGUACGAGAUAUCAUCCACCCAUAUGUGAAAUACAAGCAGAGUGACUUCUACAAGAUCCCCAUAGAGAUGGUGAACAGGACGCUGCCCACUGUUGCCAUUACUCUCUUGGCCCUGGUGUACUUGGCAGGCCAGCUGGCAGCCGCCCACCAGCUCUACUAUGGUACCAAGUACAGGCAUUUCCCACACUGGCUGGAGGGCUGGCUGCAGAGCCGGAAACAGCUGGGUCUCCUCAGCUUUUUCCUGGCUGCUGUCCAUGUUGUCUACAGCCUCUGUCUGCCCAUGAGGAGGUCUGAGAGGUAUCUGCUGCUCAACACUGCCUACCAGCAGGUCCAUGCUAAUGUUGAGAAUGCAUGGAAUGAGGAGGAGGUGUGGAGGGUGGAGAUGUACGUUUCCUUUGGGAUCAUGAGUCUUGGGCUGCUGUCGCUCCUGGCCAUCACCUCCAUUCCCUCUGUCCACAGCACACUCAACUGGAGGGAGUUCAGCUUCAUACAGUCCACACUGGGCUACAUCGCUCUGCUCAUCGCUACCUUCCACGGCCUGCUGUUUGGCUGGAAGCGAGCCUUUGAGGAGGAAGCCUACCGUUUCUACCUGCCCCCCAGCUUCGUAGUGGCCCUGGCCCUGCCAGUGUGUGUCAUACUUGGGAAGGUGCUGAUGCUGCUCCCCUGUGUGGCCCGCAAGCUUCACCAGAUCCGCCGGGGCGUGGACAGCAGUCACUACCGCUGCCAUCGCCUGGAGCCAGUGGGCUCGGCUGCCCACGUUUCACCUGAGAGAGUUACCAUCAUGUGAUUUGCUCCUUUAUUGGGGUAUUCACAUAUGCUGUCAUAGUUAGUUGUUUUAUUGAAGCAAUGAUUAUAUUAUUCUUACUUUGUAUCUGUGAACAGUUUUUGUGAAUUGUGUACUUAUUAGCUGUUACUAUUCACUAUCACUACGGACCUUGUAUGACUGUUGUGUUAUGUUUGUCCAUCUAAAUUGUAAAAUGGAAUAUUCUCCACCAAUACUUUAUUUCUGUCCUUGUGUUCUGGCAGACAAUACACAUCGGUACUUUAAGAUGGACUAGCUCAGUCUGUUAGAACACUUGCACAAUGUCUUCUGUGGCUCUGAAUUUGUCAAGUCCAGGAACAUAACCCUGAUGAUGUCAUAGUGAUGUCAAGGAGGAUGGAGAAUACAGAUGUUUUGCAGGAAGCCUUUUAAAGAUGUGGGUGUUUACAGGCAGGGGUGGUCUCAUGAAAACACACCCCAGAAUGCCAUUAUUGGAAGUGGAGGGUCCAGAGGUUUGACAUCAGGGCUUCUUCUGCACAGAUUUAUGGACUUUUUUUUUUUCUAAAUCCAAUGGACGUUCAAUACUAAAUUGCUGUAGUACCCCUUUAAUUAUGUGCAGUAUUUCUGUUGAUAGGUUGGUACAUUUCAUAAAAUACAAAUUGCUUUUCAAUCGGGUUUUUAUUCUUACAGCUCACAACACAGAACACUGUGCAAAUGGUAAAGAAGAACUAAUUUAUUUACAAGGCAGUCACUAGUUUGUAUUAUCCGUGUCCUGUGUGCCAGGUCUGUAUUACUGUACCUCUUCAUACAGUGGCAUGCUCUAAUCAAUCAUAUCCGUGUGACGUUGAUUUAGAUUCUUUCUUUUUGUUUCACACACAGCAGGUAUUAUUAUAGUAUAAUACAGUAUAUAUUAUUUAUAUACCAUUCUUUCCCUGAUGUUACACCCAGUCUAGGGAAACCUGAGCGCAGCAUAACGAUGGGUCUCCCUCUCUCCCCCACUCCCAAUAAUGGCCAGUGCUGCUGCCAUACAGUCCAUAAUAUUUAUUUAUUGAAACAGUUGUGGUAGCAAUAAGCGUCAGGGUGAGCCCCUUAGGCUAUAUCAGGCAUGUCCAAAGUCCGGCCCGCGGGCCAAUCACGGCCCGAGGUCAGAUUUUAUAUGGCCCGCACCUUCU